AACCUUCUAUUAAUAUCUUACAAACUAAAACCUUCUUAGAAAUGCCUUAUAAAAUGGUUAAUAUUUCUUAUAAAUAUGUUUAUACUUUCUUAAAUCAACAAAAAGAAUAUGCAAAAGCUAAUAGACUUUUAAAAAAAACAAUUCAAUUGGGGUUAAAUAUAGAACCGUUGGCAAUACAAGAGUUAACCAAUUUUAUGAAAAACUUUAUAACAAAACAUACACCAAAUCAGAAAUCACCCCCAAAAAACCCUAAAACUUUGUUAGCUAAAUCUUAUAAUAUACUAAGCAGCUCUGAUGAAUCUGAUGGCUUUGAUAGUUUUGACUCAAAUUAUGAUAACAAUGAAUUAGAUUCUCAAGAUAUUGAGAAUAUAAAUCUAUCUUUAAUUCAGAACUCUAUUGUUCAUACAAAAAAAGCCGGAUAUGAAAAAUGGUAUCAAAAAAAUCAAAUUCUAUAUUCUUUUUAG